CCUCAGCAACUGUAUAUACUAGCACAAGCUCUCACAAGAGUGGAUGUAAAUUUUGGAGCUCCCAGCUAUUCUGCUCCUGUUUCUACCAGCUUUCUCCCUGGAUAUUCAGAGGAGCUUGGGCUGCCAUGGUAAAAGCAGAAUAGAGAGAUGAAGAAUAGAUUUUAUAAGAUCUUUGAGACAACUGAGGUUCAGUGAGGACUUGCUGACCUUCCAGACUGCUGCUUCGUGGUGAAGUCUGAAUUGCAGUCUUUGGGGCUAAGGUAUUGGCAACAACAUGGACCCUCAGGACUGCCAACCUCACUCCCUUUCACUCUAAUCAGGAGCUCAGAACGAGUCUGGCCUGAAAUUAGACCAGGCGCUAGAGAAAACCCUUAUUAAUGGAAAGAGGAAAGGAGAAAAGGACUUCCAAUCAACUGCAACAAAUGUUCUACCACUCUAAAGAGCCUACCUUCCUUAUCAACCAAGCUGUGCUAUCUAGUGACUCCCAAUCUAACCUUUUGCCAGAAGUAGAAUGUGUCAAUCCUGGUGGAAAAAUAAAGACAAAUGCUCAGCUAAAUAGACCUGGAACAGUGACACUUUCGGUAUCAAGCAGAACUCUGUCUGAAGGCCAGCAUCACCCCCCUGUAAUACUGUCCCGCAGGCCUGGAUUCCAUGUAUGCUACAUCUGUGGCCGAGAAUUUGGGUCACAGUCACUUGCCAUUCAUGAGCCCCAGUGCUUGGAGAAGUGGCGCAUUGAAAACAGCAAGUUACCCAAGCACCUAAGGAGGCCAGAACCCUCCAGAACACAGCCUGGCCGUGGCAGUGGGGCCUACAGUCUUCAGGCAAUGAAUGAGGCAGCAUUUCACAGCACCCAGGCUCCACUGGUGCCCUGUGAGUCCUGUGGCUGCACCUUCUUGCCAGAUCAUCUCCUUGUUCACCAGAGAAGCUGCAGGCCAAAGGGGGAGGGCCCCAGAACAUCAAACCCCAAUGAUUCUGACAAUCUUACUGGCUUCAGGAAAACUUCUAGUGGUGUCCCAGCCAGACCGAGGACUCUUAUCUGCUACAUUUGUAGGAGGAAAUUUGGCACCCUAUCCCUUCCUAUUCAUGAGCCCAAAUGCCUGGAAAAGUGGAAAAUGGAAAAUGACCAGCUGCCUAGGGAGCACCGCCAGCCACUCCCGCAGAAGCCUGAGACCCUUGUACCUGGACAGUCUAGCCAAGAGGGCUCAAGUCAUGCCCAACUUGUGCCCUGCACAAACUGUAGCCAGACCUUUGCCCCUGAUCACCUUCAGGAACACCAGAGGAGUUGUAAAGCUCAAUCUACUAUACCAAAAGUUCAGAAUUUGACCUUAAGAAGCAAAAGUGAUCUAAAUGCUACCAUCAAUUCCAGGCAACAAAAGAACAUGGCACCACCCAGCAUACCUGAUAAGUCAACAAUGAUAAGACGUCCACCGACAGUUGUUUGUUACAUCUGUGGUCGUGAAUAUGGAACAAAGUCCAUUAGCAUCCAUGAGCCGCAAUGCCUAAAAAAGUGGCAUAAUGAAAACAACUUGUUGCCUAAAGAACUAAGGAGACCAGAACCUAAAAAACCAGAAGUCAGGACCAUUACUGCCAAAGGGUUCUAUGAUCUCAAUUCCUUAAAUGAAGCUGCUUGGACAAGUGCCCAGAACCAGUUGGUUCCCUGCAGUGUUUGUGGGCGGACCUUCCUGCCAGACAGACUGAUUGUUCACCAGCGAUCUUGCAAACCAAAAGCUGCCAAGUAAAGCCUUUUUCUCUUCA